GCCCUCGGGAUUGGGGUGAGUGCGCAGGCGCGCUUAUCGGGCGCGCGCAGGCGCGGGUGGACGCCUCACCGAGUCCGGUCAGCGGGUGUCCGAGGUACCGCGGCCGGAGAGGAGUGGCCGGAACCGCUUGAAUAUCCACGUUUCCUUUUCUGUGCAAGAUAGAGUUUUGAUUCAUCAUGGAUAAUCUAUCACCAGAAGAAGUUCAACUGAGGGCUCACCAGGUCACAGAUGAGUCUCUGGAAAGUACGAGGCGAAUCCUGGGUUUAGCCAUCGAGUCUCAGGAUGCAGGGAUCAAGACCAUCACUAUGCUGGAUGAACAAGGGGAACAACUAAAUCGCAUAGAAGAAGGCAUGGACCAAAUAAAUAAAGACAUGAGAGAGGCAGAGAAGACUUUAACAGAACUCAACAAGUGCUGUGGCCUUUGUGUCUGCCCAUGUAAUAGGACGAAGAACUUUGAGUCUGGUAAGGCUUAUAAGACAACAUGGGGAGAUGGAGGAGAUAACUCACCUAGCAAUGUAGUGUCUAAACAGCCGGGUCGGGUAACAAACGGUCAGCCUCAGCAACCAGCCACAGGAGCCGCAAGCGGUGGAUACAUCAAACGUAUAACUAAUGAUGCGAGAGAAGAUGAAAUGGAAGAGAAUUUGACUCAAGUGGGCAGUAUCCUUGGAAAUCUAAAAAAUAUGGCCCUGGACAUGGGCAAUGAAAUUGACGCACAAAAUCGACAAAUAGAUCGGAUCACAGAAAAGGCUGACACCAACAAAGAUCGUAUUGACAUUGCCAAUGCCAGAGCAAAGAAACUCAUUGACAGCUAAAGCUACUGCUGUACUUAUCAUUUCUUCACUUCUCCAGCUCCUCCUCCAAAGCCAUGACCUUUCCAUAGUUUGAGAUUCUGGUUCCACACACAUUUAUUAGGAGAUAAUGUGGAAGAAAGGCCAGGAGAGUAACAACAGCCCCCCUACUUUAUUUCCUCUCUUUCUCUUGAGGGUGGACGGCUGCUCAGCCUUCUUUCUGGUAUCUUCUUUCUCAGUUUAUACUCGUAGGUUGGUUUUCAUACAUCACAUAGAGUGUUUUCAUCCUCAUUUACUUUAUUCUUUUGCUUUCAAGAUUUGGAAGCAUUGCCAAAGACAGCCAUGAAAAAGGAUGCUAUAGAGGUAGAUUUUGUUUGUUAAUUUCUUUCACCUUUUUUGGUUUAUUUUUGGUUUUGUGGUGGAAGAAGGGGCAAGAUGGAGGAACAUGAGAUAAGAGGAUGUUACCUCAGUAAAAGCCUAUAGGCCACAAAUCAAGAAAUUGCAUAGCCACAGUAAAGAUCUAGUUGGGUUUAUUUUUUAAUGUCAGUUGCAAUUAUUGCCAGCGUAGGUUAAUGGUUGGUUUGGGAGCUCUUAUACAUAAUAUUUUUGUUAUACAUCACAAUUUUGCAACCUCUGCUCCAAAAAGAAGAAUCGACUGAAUUUUCUUAAAGUGAGCUUAAUGUCUGAACUCUUAGUGAUUCAUAUGUGUACAUAGAUUCUGUGAUCCCAUUUCAUAUUACACUAUUCAGGAACACUUUGUAUAAAUGAAUGACUUUAUUUUCAUAUUAGUAAUAUCAUGGUCCCAUAUAGGCAUAUUAACCUCAUAAAUUUGUCAUUAGUCUUUGAAGAAAGAAUAUGUAAAUAUAUAUGUGUAACAUGAAAAUGUCUCUCUAAAGCAGGGCUUCAAAUGUUUUGGUAAACUUUGACAAAUUAUAUCAUGUGAAUUCAGAUUUAUUUUGGUGCCAAGAAUUAUGUUUACGUUUUUUAAAAUGAAACUUACUUUGAUCUCAGGUAGAAAAAUAGAUAGUUUGAGUGUUAUGUAGCUGUAGACUUUUAAAAAGUUAGAGUUUAUUCUUACUAAAAGUGACUUGGAAAAUUAUAUCUUUGGUUUAAUUAUUUGAUAAUUGGACUGUCAUUCACUAAGCCUUCUGUUUUGAACUAUGUCCAGAAUGAAGUUUAUGUCAAUCCUGAACAGUGUUAUGAGAAUCUGAUUGGUAUUUGUCACUUUUAUUUAAAAGCUAGCAUCUGCACACUUCAAAGCUCUCACUGUGGGUUGGUUGACCAGUAGCCACUGCCUGAUCCUUACAAUUAAAUUUUGUAACUUACUAAUGAUAUUGUUCUUUCAAAUAGGUAACAUGUUUAACUGUUAUUUUGGGGGCCAUAAUUUCAUCAGCUCUUGUUUGACAAAUUGAAUAAAACAAAGGUCCAUAAAUCAA